UAGUUAAUGAUGUUGCACAUUUUAUAUGCAUUUUAUAGCAUUGUGCUUGUCGUAAGAGGGGAGACUCUCCAGAGCCAUUAAUAGCCUAUCAUACGUAUAGCAUUGUGCGGUUUAUCAUAAUAUAUCUAAUCGACGAAUUUAUGUGAAAAUAAGUAUAAGAAUUAUUGUUUGAGUUAAAUUUAUUCAACUUGUUACUCUAACGAAGUAUAAAAAUGUCAGAUAAGGAAACAGAUGAAGAGAAACCUGUAGUAGCAAAAACAGCUGUAGAUCUGCAAAGAUUAAAACUUACAAAGUUAAUGAAAAACGUAGAUAAGCCAGUUGUAUUACCAGAACGUCCCAAAGCCAAAAAUACACCUUCUGUACCAGAAUUUGUUCGCAAUGUUAUGGGUAGCAGUGCUGGAGCAGGUAGUGGAGAAUUUCAUGUAUAUAGACAUUUACGACGCAAGGAGUAUGCACGUCAAAAAUUUAUCCAAGAAAAAGCACGCAAGGAACUUUUGGAUGAUGAAUAUCAUCAGAAGCUGGAAGAAAAUAAAAGAUUAGCAGAAGAAGCAACAGCAAAAAAACGGGCUAAGAGAUUGAAAAAGAAGCAGGCUCGUAAGCAGAAGAAACGAAUAAAAACUACUGAGCAAAAUGUCACAGAAGAAAAGGAUAGUUCAGAAGAAGACAGUUCAGAUGAAGAUGAAGAAACUAGAACUGUAGAAAGUAGUGAAGUAAAUGAAGAAAAAGAUGAUAUAAAUAUUAAAAAUUAUUCUAAGAGCAUGUCUAAAAAUGAAAGUGAAACAAAGGCAGUAAAAGAAUCAUUUGCAGAAGAAAAUCGAGAUAUAUCAAAAACAUCUUCUGAUACAUCUAGUGAAAAUGAUACAUGACGAUACAUAUCAAUAUUUUUUAUCUUAGAUUUAAAAUUGUAUAUUUUUUAAUCAAUCGUCUAAAAUUUAUUAACUUAAUUCAUUAGAAUUACUUAUAUUACUACAUUAUGUAUUGCUAUAAUCCAAUACAAAUUCCAUAUAUAUUAUGUACAUUUCACCCAGUAAUGUUAAAAUAAUUUAUUUAAAUAAUGUAUAUUGAGAAAUAA